UCCAACGCUGGUUGCAAUUGGUGACCUUCUUGGACCUGGGAUUGUCAGUAUCAUACAGUGACUUCCCAGUACACAUGAAGUUUACCGUAUCCACUAUCAACCCUCAACCAAGAACGCCAUUGCUAGUCCUCGUUUACAAUGAGGAGCGAGUGCUUGUCAAUACACCCAAUACUUAUGAGGAAUUGGAACGUGUAGCACGAGUGGAAUUUAGUUUGGCAGAUGAAAAUUUGAUCUUUCACACCAGAGAUUUGGAUAUAUGCGAGGAAAAAGAUGUUAGGAUACACAAAGGCGCUUGGGAUAUUGUUCGUUCGUUGACCGGAAACAUUUCUGUUACGACCACAGCUCGUGCACCUCUUGGGGCAGAUAGCGAUCUUAUUGUGUCUAACGCUGCAGCUUACCGUGUACCGGGCGCGUUGGAACCACUGGGAGAAGAUGAUGUCUUGGCUAGUGCCCGAACAGAGCAAAACGUGAUGAAUUCUCUACCUUCUCCACACUCUAGCAGCAUUCACAGCCGCCACGACCCUCGACAGGCGGAUCCAUCUCUGAAAGACCAGGCUUUAACUUCCGAUUCUGAUGGAUCUGACGAUGCUUCGAUGCGAAUAAAAUCUCCAAAGAAGAGACAACUAUUACGGCAAGUCAUGUCUGAUGAUGAAGACGACAGCGAUCACCCCAUGGGUGAGCCUGACGAACCUGAUGAUCACGACGAUGACGAAAGUGGCAGAAGCGUAUUCGAGGAUAUUCCAAAAAGGCGCGAUCAGGGUCCUGUUAUUGAACCAGCUCCCUCACGAGAGCAGCCGAAGUUCCCGAAGGUAAAAGAGGAGCCCAUUUCUGGUGGCAUGUCCUUCCAAAAGGAAAAAACUCCGUUACACAAAAAAUCUGGGAAUUCCCAUGUCGGCAAGACGACUGGCGUUCAGGAAGAAAAUGUUCAAGAAAGUGCUUCGAAUCAUACUAAUGACGAGAAGCUUCUGGUCAGCAUAGCGCAUCGUCCCACCAAGCAGCAAGCUAUUUUUAAAACCAAGGGCCAGACUCGAGUUGGCAAAGUCUUGUCAGGUGCUUGCAAAUCUUUCAACCUGGAUUAUGAAAGUGCAAGGUUACUAUUGAUUGUAACCAUGGAAGAGGAUGGUGAAACACUCGAACACUUCUUCGAGUGUGAUAAAGAAGAAACGAUGACCAGAGUUGGUGCAGAGAAAGCCUCCAGCUUCAUUGUCGAAACAACCUAGUGAUAAAUAAAUAAAAAGUGGAUACCUGUAGGAGGAGUUUACAUAUACGUGCGUUGGUAGAAGUGAACGAAUAUCUUCCUAUCAAAUGGUAUGCCUAGGAGGGACUAGCAUACGCGGUACUUGGGGGAGCACGUCUUCUGUAAGCAUCCGUGUAUCUGGUACGGUUUAUCUAGUUACACUUAGCUCUACAUUGUUAUCUUGAUUAUCGCAGCCUUGUACAAUAAUACCAUAUAGUACACUUCUUGUGGAUUCGACAUGUUGGUUGGAUCACACAGGGUGUCAUGG